GCCCCGGCAUGCUUCCCUGGAAGUCUGCACCCACACGCUUCUCCAGUCCAGCCCCUGCCUAGACAGGGUCCCUGCUGCCUGUGGAUGAGCCACCGGACCUCCUCCGCCUUCAGAGCGGAGAGAAGCUUCCAUUCUUCCUCCACCUCCUCCUCCUCCUCCUCCUCUUCUUCGGCCUCCCGAGCCCUCCCAACCCAGGACCCACCCAUGGAGAAGGCUUUGAGCAUGUUUUCUGAGGAUUUUGGCAGUUUCAUGCGGCCCCACUCGGAGACCCUGGCCUUCCCAGCCCGUCCCGGGGGCCAAGGCAACAUCAAGACCCUCGGGGAUGCCUAUGAGUUUACCGUGGACAUGAGAGACUUUUCCCCUGAAGACAUUAUUGUCACCACCUCCAACAACCACAUCGAGGUGCGAGCGGAGAAGCUGGCGGCUGAUGGCACAGUCGUGAACACCUUCGCUCACAAAUGCCAACUACCAGAGGAUGUGGACCCUACAUCAGUGACCUCGGCCCUCCGAGAGGAUGGCAGCCUCACCAUCCGGGCACGGCGUCACCCACGCACGGAGCACGUCCAGCAGACCUUCCGGACGGAGAUAAAGAUCUGAGGGUCUCCCCACCCUUGCCCUCCCCCCAUCUCCUCCUCAACCGGCCUGCUGCUGAGGUCAUCCUGACCCCUGACAAUGGCCCCCAGAACAUCUCAGCCUAGGCUCCAGUCACCCCACACACUCUUAGGCCCCAGGUGGGUCACUCCCUCCCCCCCAAACUAGGGCCCUCCUCUCCACCUGGGGCAACCCCACGACCCUCAUCCAGAUAGGACCUCCCUAUCUUAGUUCACAAAUAGAGGUGUUGAAGUAUGGACUUGGGGAGAAAGAUGGGGACCGAGCCUCCAAGCAAUUGACCAGAGCACAGAGAGACAUGGAUGGCAUCUCUGCGGAGCAGGGGACCAGGGACCCUCCUGGCAAGUGGAAUAUAAGAGUUGGCCGCAAGCAGUGCUGCUGGCCUAGGCGGACUGCCUCAGACAAGCCAGAGAGAUAGCCAUGACAGCCACCUCCCCAGGGCUGCAACUCUCCAAGCCUCAAACCCAGGGCUACCUGUCACUCUGGGCCUCUGUCAGCUACUUGUGCCAGGCAAGGCCACCUGCACCCAGGUGGGCCUCCUAUCUCCAGCUGCUGGUGCCUUAGGCCAGACUGAGUCUUCUCCUUCUUAGUAGAGACCUAGGAUCCUGGGCAGCUUCCCCUGCAGAGAAGGGCCCCUGGGGACAUGAGAGCAAGAGCUCCCCGGGAUUUGCUAAUCCACCAAUCUACCCACACAUACCCUGAAACAUUCACUCCCUUUGGUUCAAGCCCAGUUCGAACCAUCCUAAAUCAGAUUUAGCAUCUCUAUUUUCAUCAAUGGGGACGUAGCAUCUCUGAGCCUCUGAACCAUUUGGAUGCUCGGUUUUGCCGCUGAAGGUUGGCUCUGAACCCAGCACUGCUUCAACUGCCCUCAGCCUCUCACCUCUGUGCCCUGGGGAGCAUCCCCCUGACUCCACAGGCCCUCCUUCACAUGUCCACUGCACAGGGUGGUCACAGGAAGAGCCCCAACCCAGAUCCCUGCUGCCCUCCAAGUCCAGGACAAAGACCCUUGUGUGUGGGUGUGGGAUGGUGGGGUGGGGUGACCAGGGCUCUGACCCUGGCUCUGUCUCAGUCUCCCACAGUAGAAGCAGGUGUGUGAGAGGGGGGAGCUCACAGUUAGCUGGGGUCCUUGGGGCCUCUGACUCCUGCUAUCUUGGGACCCUGGGGACAGGGAGGGUGGGGGUUCACGGGA